AGGCCGCUAGUUGGCGCAUGCGCACUGGGGCGCGAGCCGGACUCCGGGAAGAAGGCGGCGGCCGAGGCGGGGGCCGGGCCCCUGUUUACUCGGAGGAGGGCGCGGCGGCAAGAUGGUCAUGGCGCAUUUCGUCGAGAGCUUCUGGGGUGAAAAAAAUAGUGGCUUUGAUGUUCUUUACCAUAACAUGAAACACGGACAGAUAUCGACAAAGGAUCUAGCAGAUUUUGUACGAGAGAGAGCUACAAUAGAAGAGGCGUAUUCUAGAUCAAUGACAAAAUUAGCAAAAUCUGCAAGCAAUUAUUCACAACUUGGAACAUUUGCACCAGUGUGGGAUGUAUUCAAAACAUCUACAGAGAAGUUAGCAAAUUGUCACUUGGAUCUUGUUAGAAAAUUACAAGAAUUAAUAAAGGAAGUUCAGAAAUAUGGAGAAGAACAAGUAAAAUCACACAAAAAGACUAAAGAAGAAGUUGCUGGAACUUUGGAAGCUGUUCAAACCAUUCAGAACAUAACUCAGACCCUCCAGAAAUCCAAGGAGAACUACAAUGCCAAGUGUGUAGAACAGGAACGUUUGAAAAAAGAAGGAGCUACGCAAAGAGAAAUAGAAAAGGCGGCUGUUAAAUCUAAGAAAGCUACAGAUACCUAUAGACUCUAUGUGGAAAAAUAUGCGUUAGCUAAAGCUGAUUUUGAACAAAAAAUGACAGAAACAGCUCAGAAAUUUCAAGAUAUCGAAGAGACUCAUCUCAUCCACAUAAAGGAAAUUAUAGGAUCUUUGUCAAAUGCUAUAAAGGAAAUUCAUUUGCAAAUAGGCCAGGUUCAUGAAGAGUUUAUAGAUAACAUGGCUAACACUACAGUUGAAAGUUUGAUACAAAAAUUUGCUGAGUCAAAAGGCACUGGGAAAGAAAGACCUGGCCUUAUUGAAUUUGAGGAGUGUGAUCCUGCUGGCGCAGUCGAAGGUAUAAAACCUAGGAAAAGAAAGACUUUUGGUUUACCAGGAAUAAUUAAAAAAGAAAAAGAUGCAGAAUCUGUGGAGUGCCCUGAUGCAGACUCACUUAACAUUCCUGAUGUGGAUGAAGAAGGCUAUAGUAUAAAGCCAGAAGCCAACCAGAAUGAUACCAAAGAUAAUCAUUUCUACUCAUCUAGUGAUUCUGAUUCUGAAGAUGAAGAACCAAAGAAAUACCGCAUAGAAAUCAAGCCUGUGCAUUCAAAUGAUUCCCAUCACACAGCGGCCUCCUUGGAUGAGUUGAGAGUAUCCGUAGGGAAUAUCACACUCUCCCCUGCAGUGUCUGUGCAGAUGAAUCGGAAUUCAUCUAGUGAAGAGUUAGCAAAAUCGAGGGCUUCUGCUGCAUCAAAUGAGAGAGGGCCCAGUGACCUCCUGGCUUGGGACCCCCUGUUUGGAUCAUCGCUGGAGCCCCCUGCAGCUCCGCCCCCAUCGGCGUCAGCCAGGCCCACGACUCCUCUUUCUGUGGGUACCAUUGUCCCACCUCCAAGACCUGCUUCCAGACCAAAGCUGACUUCAGGCAAACUCAGUGGCAUCAAUGAAAUACCCAGGCCAUUCAGCCUUCCUGUAACUUCCAGCGCCAGCCCGCCUCCUGCUGCCCCCCUCGCCAGGGCAGAGAGCUCUUCCUCCAUCUCCUCGUCUGCUUCUGUGAGUGCUGCCAAUACGCCAACAGUAGGUGUGUCACGAGGUCCCAGCCCUGUGAGCCUGGGGAGUCAGGACACCCUACCUGUGGCCAUCGCCCUCACCGAGUCUGUCAAUGCCUACUUCAAAGGAGCAGACCCCAGCAAGUGUAUCGUGAAGAUCACAGGUGACAUGACCAUUUCCUUUCCCAGUGGGGUCAUUAAGGUCUUUACUGGCAACCCGUGUCCUGCUGUCCUGUGCUUCCGGGUGAAACACAUCAGCAGGCUAGAGCAGAUCCUUCCAAACGCGCAGCUUGUGUUCAGUGACCCAUCACAGUGUGGUUCUAACACGAAAGAUUUUUGGAUGAACAUGCAAGCAGUUACCGUCUACCUCAAGAAACUCUCAGAGCAAAAUCCAGCUGCUUCUUACUAUAACGUGGAUGUAUUGAAGUAUCAGGUGUCAUCAAAUGGUAUUCAGUCCACUCCUUUAAAUCUUGCAACAUAUUGGAAAUGUGCCACCGGCACCACUGAUGUGAGAGUGGAUUAUAAGUACAACCCCGAGGCGAUGGCAGCACCGAGUGCCUUGUCCAACAUACAGGUGGCUGUCCCGGUGGAUGGAGGAGUGGUGAACAUGCAGUCCCUCCCACCUGCAUUAUGGGAUGCAGAACAGAUGAAAGCCCUUUGGAAACUGUCAGGAAUCUCAGAGAAGUCAGAAAACGGAGGUUCUGGAUCCCUCAGAGCAAAAUUUGACCUUUCAGAGGGACCCAGUAAGCCCAGCACACUUGCAGUGCAGUUUCUCAGUGAGGGGAGUACUCUGUCAGGAGUUGGUGUUGAGCUGGUAGGCACUGGCUACAGGCUCUCCUUAGUCAAGAAGCGCUUUGCUACCGGACGCUAUCUGGCUGACUGUUGAUGGACUCGGGAAGGUGAUUGACUCACAGGAGAGUACAGACCUGCCUUUCUGCAUUGUUUGUUUGUUUGCUUCAAACACUAUUCUAACUUGUAUUAUGUCUUUGAAACUUAGACAUGUUUAAGAACUGUCUACAACUAUUAAAUUGCACUUUUGAAGUGAGUCAUUAAGAGAAAUAGUACUGAAAUGAGUUUCAACUCUGUUAAUGACCAGCUGCAAUAUUCAGGAAGCACAUUUAUUUAGAUUCUUAGGAAAAUGAAGUUUUUGGCUGAAAUUUUAUAUCAUCUUCAAUAUCUAAGUUGAAACAGUGGUUAUGGUGUAACGCCAGGCCUGAAGUUUCAGGAAGGCAAGCACAAAAGACCUUAGCUUUCCAUAAAUUUUUAAGGUCAGAGAUAGUUUUGAAAUUUCAUAGGUCUGAUACUGAGUGAAUGCAGAGAAUGUGAAUGCUGAGUUUGAUUAAUGUUAAUUCAGGACACUCGAUCAGAUUGAGUUAUGUGCCAUAGAAUAAAUCAGCCCAGAACUCAAGUUGUAUGCAAAAAUCUGUCAUUUGAUUCUCACUACAUAUUAAUAAAGUGUAAGUGCUGUUUUAUAUGUUUUAAUCCUCAAGUGCAAUGUGUUUUAAAGUAAGCUUGCAAGACAGCAGAGAAAUUUACUUCUGCAAUUAACUUUAUAGAAGUUGUGAUUGUUUUUGAUGAAUUAAUGCUGUAGAUUUAAUUUAUUUUUCUAUGAAUUACAUAAUGUGUGCCUUUUAAAACAAUAACAAAACCCAGAAGUGUGCCUAUCCAAUUUGCAUUCAUUAAUGUGCCUCACUCCCCUUCAAAUUCUGGGUCUUCUGUCCAGGAUCUUACAGUGGUCAAACAUUUUUAUAAGAUAAUUAACUGCAUUUUUUUAUAAAUACCUCCAGGGCUGGAAUUGGACUUAUGCUAAAGAACCCUGACUCAUGUCCUUAGUGUGACGCACUGUAGCUGCUGGCAGAGAAAUAGACCCAGUGGCUAGUUCAUAGGGACAGGGCUUUUUCAGAUACUCAGAUUUUAACUUCAUCAAAAGUAUGUAAUUCUUGAAACAAAUUCUGGAAAUCUGUAAUAAAUUGGUAACUGGUACUUAACUCUAAAUUUUUCCUUUUGCCUGCUGAUCACUGGGGAUGUGCUCAUUCGCUUGCUGAGUCUGAGCACGGUGUUUGUAGUCGUCAGUGAGGGUCACGUUUAGAAGAGAUUAGUUUUGGCACUAGAGAGCAGAACUACCUUUGGUUUUCAUUUCGUGGCUGAAGAAACGGUGAGUUUCUACGUCUCCUUGGAUACUUGGCUGAAGCAUGCUCAGUGUGGGGAGUUGCUGAAGUGAGAGACUGGGUGGGACACCCUCUAAACCGAUAGUAAACCGUAAGACCUCCGCUUGACAGCGUGUUUUCAGUUGCUGUUCACUGAAGGAACUAAAUGUGUUGCAUGGAAUCCUGUGAUUUACACGCGGGACUUUGAUUUGUAAGGAAAAAUUAAGUUGUCCUGCACAUCUCUCGCCUAGUGGAAGCAACAAGUUUGUGUUGUAGAUGGUGAUUUAUAUAGAACCACUACUUGUUCCGGUAAACUUUCCGGAGAACAAGACUCCUACCAGAAAUCUCUGUCACAUCUUGCUAUGGUAAAGACAGCAGCAGAUCUACUUCAUAGCAAUAUUUAUAACACGACAUGUGCUUUCUAUAUAGUCAGUGUGACCCUAGUUCUAAAUUUAGACUUAAGUAAUACAUAAGACAGUUUGCUAAAAUACUCAUUUUAACUGAAUAGUGAGAUUAGAAUGUCUGAUUCUCACACUGUACACUUUGAAUGCCAACUGUAACCCCUUCAUCCUGACUGAUGUACAGUAAAAUGACUCUUAUUGGGCAGCUGAUCUCGUCAGAACUGCAGACACCAUCAUACUCACCAUGCCUGUUUUUAAUCAAGUAUUAUCUAAAAUGCAAAUAGAAGCGAGAUGGGUAAACUUCUGCACUUUUCUUAAUUACUACAGUCUUCAUAUCAAGUGUUGACACAUAACUUUGUAUCGGAUGUAGGGUACAGUUUGGAAGCCAUAUGAGUUUAUAUUGAUUUUUUUCAUUUAAAAAUACACUAAUGGUGUACAAAAGACCAGUCGUUCUUCCAUGGGAAGUGUGUUUAGCAAGCUGGUUCUUGCUUCUGUACAGUGAUGAACUUUGUAGCUGCCUCUUCUCUAACCAACAGUCUGUAGGCACAGGGCUCUGGCAAAUGUAAGCUUUCAUGAUUGUUACUUACUGCUUUGAAUUAGAACAAUGCACAUCUUUUCUUACAAAAUUUUGUAAAUAUUUUUGAUUUUUCAUAAAAUGUAAAUUUUAUGCACAAGUUUUGCCCCUAAUAAACAUGUAAUAUAUAAUUUA